ACCAGGUAGGAAGGCAGUACAAGAGCAAGAGCAACCACUCAACCACAGCCAACAUGAGCAACACCGACAUGGGCAUGAGGGGGAAGAUCAUCUUCUACGAGGAGAGGAACUUCCAGGGUCGCUCCUAUGAGUGCAUGAAUGACUGCUCCGACAUGUCCUCCUACCUGAGCAGGUGUCACUCCUGCAGGGUGGACAGCGGCUGCUUCAUGGUCUACGACCGCACCAACUACAUGGGCAACCAGUACUUCAUGAGGAGGGGCGAGUACUCCGACUACAUGAGCAUGUUUGGAAUGAGGGACUGCAUCAGGUCCUGCCGUAUGAUCCCCAUGUACAGAGGAAACUACAGGAUGAGGAUCUACGAGAGGGAGAACUUUGGCGGUCAGAUGCACGAGAUGAUGGACGACUGUGAGAACAUCAUGGACCGCUACCGCAUGUCCGACUGCAUGUCCUGCCACGUGAUGGACGGCCACUGGCUGAUGUACGAGCAGCCCCACUACAAAGGCAGGAUGAUGUACAUGAGGCCUGGAGAGUACAGGAGCUUCAGGGAGAUGGGCUGGAGCGGCAUGAGGUUCAUGAGCAUGAGGCGCAUCAUGGACUCCUGCUACUAAAAGAUCAUCAAAUGUCUACUGGAUACAUGGAAUGCUGCUAAAUCAAAAAGUGACUGCACUUACCAACUGUGCACUGAUUUACAUGAAUAAAUAAUGAUUCAUGAAUUUCAAAA